UCAAAGGUCUAUUUUAAGGCCUGAGGCUCAGCUGAUUGUGGGCCUUAAAGAUUUUGACCCUCCCCAUGCCUGUGUUUUUUCUUGUAGUCAGUUGUUCAGGCUUAUUAGGAAAAGAGGGAGCAGUGGAGCAGCAGAGGAGAGUUCUGCUGAGUGUUGGAGGAUGCAGAGCUGUAAACUCUGACAGAAGCUGCCGAGGUAGUUUUCUACGGGAGGAUGGAGACGAGCCCCAUCCCGGUGGUGACGGUCCAAACGGCCCCCUUCGAGGACCAGAGGCCCGGUACUAACGGGCUGCGUAGGAAGACUGCAGUGUUCGAAGGGAAGAAGAACUACCUGCAGAACUACAUCCAGAGCCUGCUGUCCUCCAUCGACCUGCGGGACAGAAACGGCUGCACCAUGGUGGUGGGCAGCGACGGGCGCUACUUCAGCAGAGCUGCCACCGAAGUGAUCGUGCAGAUGGCGGCUGCUAAUGGGAUUGGUCGUUUGGUGAUCGGCCACAACGGCCUCCUGUCCACCCCCGCGGUCUCCUGUAUCAUCAGGAAGAUCAAGGCCAUCGGUGGGAUCAUCCUCACAGCCAGUCACAACCCUGGAGGUCCCGGUGGAGACUUUGGGAUCAAGUUCAAUGUGGCAAAUGGAGGACCGUCUUCAGACACAGUUAUGGAGAGAAUUUCCCAGGUUAGCCGGACACUCGAGGAGUAUGCCAUCUGCCCCGACCUCCGCAUUGACCUGUCCAGGCUGGGAAGACAAGAAUUUGACCUGGAGAACAAGUUCAAACCUUUCAGAGUGGAGAUUGUCGACUCAGUUGAUGUGUAUCUGCAAAUGCUGCGAAACAUCUUUGACUUCAGUGCCAUUAAAAGUCUCCUCACAGGGCCAGGUCAGCUUAAGAUCCACAUAGAUGCCAUGAACGGAGUGAUGGGCCCCUAUGUGCGCAAGAUCCUCUGUGAUGAAUUGGGAGCUCCUGCUAACUCUGCUGUCAACUGCGUGCCUCUGGAGGACUUUGGGGGCCGACCUCCAGAGCCCAACCUGACCUAUGCCACAUCUUUGGUGGAUGCUAUGAAAGGAGGGGACUUUGGCUUUGGAGCUGCUUUUGAUGCAGAUGGGGACCGGUACAUGAUCCUUGGAGAAAAUGGCUUCUUUGUGAACCCAUCAGACUCGGUGGCCGUCAUGGCUGCCAACCUCUCCACCAUCCCUUAUUUCAGACAGAUGGGAGUGAGGGGCUUCGCCAGGAGUAUGGCGACCAGCACCGCACUAGACAGGGUAGCCAAAGCUAUGAAACUGGCGCUGUAUGAGACUCCCACAGGCUGGAGGUACUUUGGGAACCUGAUGGAUUCUGGCCGUUGUUCCCUUUGUGGAGAGGAGAGCUUUGGAACAGGUUCAGACCACAUCCGUGAAAAGGAUGGUUUGUGGUCAGUGUUGAUGUGGUUGUCCAUCAUGGCCGCCAGGAAACAGGGUGUGCAGCAGAUCGUCAGAGAACACUGGGCCAAGUUUGGGCGAAACUAUUUCUGCAGAUUUGACUAUGAAGGCCUGGACCCACGCGCAGCCUUUUACCUGAUGAGGGAUCUGGAGGGAGUGAUCUCAGACAAAGCAUUCACCAGCCAGAAGUUUGCUGUAGGAGACCACAUAUACAGUGUGGAGCGAGCUGACAACUUUGAGUACAUCGACCCUGUGGAUGGAUCUGUGGCUCGAAACCAGGGUUUGAGGAUCGUCUUUAAUGACGCUUCACGCCUGGUGUUUCGGAUGAGUGGGAGUGGCGGAGGGAUGGGAGCCAUCAUCCGCAUUUAUGCCGAAAGCUUCGAGAGAGACCCGGAGAGGCACAACAGAGAGACACAGGUGGUGCUGGGUCCUCUCAUCGCCAUCGCCCUGAAGAUUUCCAACAUCCACGAGAGGACAGGACGCCGCGGCCCCAAUGUCAUCACAUGAGCAGCUGCAACAAACUCACAUGCGAGCACACAAAAACGCACGACUUCUACCUGCUCACACUGAGAAAAAAAAAAAAAAACACACCUUCAAAUACUUUCUCCUCCACCUAUUUGCCAUUUUUAAACCCUGAUUCUGUAGCUUUAUUCUCAUUCUUACAUUCAUCCUGAUGACUGAACAGACGGUGCUUACUGCUGGAGUUUAUGCGAUGCACUUUGCUAAAAUUUGUUUAAUGACCACUAUCACUGAAAACUUUGGUGUCCAAAGCAGGGGAGCUGUUUAAUUGUUACCAUGAAUAAAGAAUAAAGCAAAUAUGUAAACAGCAAGCACAUGAAAAUGCAGACUAAGUGUUUAUGUUUGUGACUAAGAGAGCCUGUAAGUUUUUAUUAUAAUGCUUUAACAUUUAUAUCUCAUAUUAUUGUUUUUUAAGCCUUUUCAUUUACUGUUGUCCAAGUGUAAAAUAAAACAGGCUUUGCAUCACAA